CUUAUCCUUUCUGCUUCUUCUUCUCCCCCAGAGACCAGAGUCUUCAAUGGCUUCUUCUACUCUGACAUUACCACCUUCAUGUUCUUCAUCCUUUCAUGGCAGCUCACUUGUAACUUCAUCAUCAUCAUCUUCAAGAAUUUCAUUCCCUAAAAUCAGACAGAAUGGAAGAAGAGGGUUAGUAGUGAAAGCUUCUGAGAGUGAAUCAGGUAUUGUAUUAGUAGACAGAUCAGAGAAUGAGAAGACUAGUCGUCUCAAAACAUCUUAUCUUGAGAAAAUUGUUCCUAUUCUCAAAGAAGAAUUCUCUUACACUAACUUACUCGAGGUACCCAAAAUUGAAAAGAUAGUGGUGAAUUGUGGAAUUGGAGAAGCUGCACAAAAUGCUAAAGGAUUAGAUGCUGCAAUGAAGGAUUUGGCAACUAUUACUGGGCAGAGGCCGGUGAAGACGAGAGCUAGAGUGUCUAUUGCUACUUUUAAGCUCAGGGAAGGGCAACCUAUUGGACUUGCUGUUACACUCAGAGGAAAUAUGAUGUACUCCUUCUUGGAUCGACUUGUUAACUUGGGUCUUCCUAGAACAAGGGAUUUCCAAGGUGUAAACCCUAACAGCUUCGAUGGACACGGAAACUACAGUAUUGGAAUGCGUGAACAGAGUGUGUUUCCAGAGAUAGCAUAUGAUGCCCUUGGUAGGGGUCGAGGUAUGGAUGUCUGCAUAACUACCACAGCUAAAACAGACAAAGAAGCACAAAGGUUGCUUGCUCUUAUGGGUAUGCCUUUCAGAGAAGGUGGUGGUCCAACAGUGUUGAUCCGUAAGAAGAAGAAGAAGGCUCAUCACUUUGACAGUAAAUCCAAAGGACGGCGAUGAAUUGGGUGAAAUUCUCUUAAAGAGGGUAAUGUCAUUUGUUUUGUAUCUCCUCUCCUUUUCACACAUUAGAUUGUUUUUGUAAUUUAUGCCAUUUUCAAUAGCAAGUUCAAUGCAAGUAAUUAUUCGCUGACUUUC